AUGGAGGAGAGAGAGCGGAGCAGGAGUCGAUCUCCGCGGAGGGUGUGUCGGGUGGAGCAGGUGGUGGGAAAAUGGCUGCGGCGCUCCCGGGACUCGCUCAGCAGGGAGCGUAUUCUGGGGGGCAUGAGGGCACGCUCAAGGGAGGUGGGACAGCAGAACUUCCCUGUGAAGGUAACCGUGAAGGUGAUCAGAGAUGAUGUACUGGACUCACAUGGUUUUACUCUCUCUGCACAGCACCCCCUGCUGGUCAGAGACAUCACUCCAGGAGGUCCAGCAGAUGGUCAGCUCUUACCUGGAGACCAGAUCCUGAAAGUGAACAAUAAAGCCAUAGAGGAUCUUUCCCCAGAAAAUGCAGAACAAAUGAUUAGUGAGUGCCAGGACUCUGUAACCAUGACCAUCCUCAGACACAUGUCGAAUCCUAAGUCAUCAUUCAUGUCAGCAGAGAAGAGAGCUCAUCUGAGAAGAAAUCCUGUUAAAGUGCGCUUUGCAGAAGAGGUUGUCGUCAACGGACACACUCAGGGAAACUCUCUUCUCUUCCUACCCAACGUUCUGAAGGUUUACUUGGAGAACGGCCAGACCAAAGCCUUCAAAUUUCACAAGACCACCACUGUCAAGGAUGUAGUGUUGACUCUAAAAGAGAAGCUGUCCAUUCGCUCGAUUGAGCAUUUCUCACUGGUGCUGGAACAGCAAUAUAACAACACCAAACUACUAUUACUGCACGAGGAGGAGCUUAUACAGAAGGUGGUGCAGAAGAAGGAUUCUCAUGACUACAGAUGUCUGUUUAGAGUCUGUUUCAUUCCCAGAGACCCAGUGGAUCUCAUGCAGGAUGACCCGGUGGCCUUUGAGUACCUCUUUCAACAGAGUGUGGGAGAUGUGUUACAGGAGCGGUAUGCCAUUGAGAUGAAAUGUAACACAGCGCUGAGACUAGCCACUCUACACAUGCACGAGAAACUGGCAAGCUGCGGACAGACCACAAGAGCAUCUGUAAAGGCCAUUGUUAAGGAGUUUGGCUUAGAGAGUUUCAUCUCUCCCACACUGCUGAGGAACAUGAGAGAGAAAGACCUGCGCAAAGCUCUCAACCACCACAUGAAGAAGAUCCAAUCACUGCUGGAACCACAACAGAAGGUGAUCUCUGUGUCUCAGGCCCGGUUGGCUUAUCUGACCCAGAUGGCAGAGCUGAUGUCAUACAGCGGGAGAAGCUACAACGCCACCAUGCUGCUACAGGACAGAGAGUCGUUGGUGAGUUUGCUGGUGGGAGCAAGAUACGGGAUCAGCCAGAUCCUAAACCACCAGCUCAACAUGAUUUCCACCAUCAUAGAUUUUCACUACAUCACCAGAAUAGAGGUGCUGGCAGAGUCCGACAGAGUCAGCAUGGUCAAGAUUUACCUACAGGACAUCCAGCCUAUAGCUGUAUUAAUGGAAUCUGUAGCAGCGAAAGAUUUGGCCUGUCUGCUGGCUGGAUACUGCAAAUUGCUAGUGGAUCCCAACAUCAACGUGUUCCGCUGGAGACCGAGACCUAAAAUGCGACGCAUUCUGGUGGAGGAAGGGUACAUUUCUCGAUGUGGCAGCGAUUCAGAAGACAGUUCAGAGGAUGACUACGCCAUGGAGGGUCUGCUGGACACUCAGCUGUCAGAGGACACUAUGUCUAAUCAAACCAAUGAUGGCACGGAAGAAGGAGAGGAAACAGAGGGGAAAACUGAAGCUGAAACAGAGAGGGUGAGAGUGAUUGUAACGCAUCCCUAUUUAGAGGACGAAGGAAGCAAGGCGGGCAAGAGCGAGUCUGUCGGGGAUGAGGAUUAUACAACAACAAUGGACGCCUUUUUGGAGACGGGUUGGUACACCGACCCUCGAGUCAACAGCAGCUUCUCUAGCUUGUCUAGUAACUCGUUGAAUGCACUGGAGGAAAGUAUCAAAGCGGCCAUUGGUGGGCUUGGCAAAAAGGAUGACCCUCAGGAAGGGAAGUCCAGUUCUGGGACCACGAGGCUGGAUGUCCAUCAUCCAUACCUGCAGGAGGUGCCUGAGCGUUUGGAUCAAAAGGGCAGUUUAAACAAAUCUGUACGACUUUCCGACCUGUCCAAUGAUAAUCACUUAGAUCUACUCUACACUGACCCCUCCCAGUUGUCCGACAGCUUGUUAAGUCCACCUGCGGCCAGCGAUGACGCAUUGAGUGAUAAGGAGGAGGACAAUGAAGAAGUUGAAAAUGGGAACUAUGGUCGCAUUUCCAGCAUGUCAGCAGAAUUUGAGGCUGUGUUAGCCUCUUGUAGCACCCACAGCAUCAAUGCAAAACUAGCAGGUGUGAAUUUUCAAGCACUCUUCGCAAGGAUUCACAACCAUCCAGCAUGUCGACAAGAGGGAAACAUCUUUCCACACAACCAGACAAAUGCAAAUGAAGUUAAACGACAGGGACCUUCUUCAAAGAUAACAGCACAGGCUGGGCUGAGGAAAACGUUGCCCUCAAAUGUCCUUCAAAAAGCAAAAGACACAAGAGACAGUGGCACAGAAUCCGAGGAAGAAUUUUUUGAUGCUCAAGAUCGAUUUACCCCUCCCAUUACAGAGCAACGUCCCACAGAAAAUGGUUCUGAUUCAAAGAACAUCCAACCUGCUCUUAGUGUGGAAAAUACAAAGGAUCAUGAAUCCAAAGACAGCAGAAAGGAGGAAAAGAGAGUGGGCAGCAUCUCACUUAAUACAGAGAACCACAAAGAGAAACCUUCUCUUGCUAACCUUAUCACCCAUUUAGGGUCUAAAAACACUGAAUUGGAGAUUUAUCAGCCUCCACUUAUUUUACCUCUCAAACCUACACCUGGGGAGCCUAAGCCUUUCACUGCUAACCACACCUCGGUUCAGAAAGCCCAGCACUCCAAGCUUCUGGAGAUGGAGCCAGACACUAUGGAGUUUAAACCAGUCACUGGGCCUGGACCACCACUGUCUUCAUCACUAAUUACAGCAGUAUGGCAAACUACACUUCCACCACAGACCGUAGUAGACCCAGAGACUCAAAAUUUACCCAGAUCGAAAAAUGAAGUAUCUGACCAUGCCCCAGUCUGUCUGGAAAAAAAGACUCCCCCAAAUCAUGUGCAUCCAGAAGGACUUGAUACUCAAGACGUUAAGCUAACUCCGAAAGAGACAAUGAAUGCCAAAGGAAUGAUUGAACCUUGGAAAAUAAAAUCAGACAACAGUGGUUCUCUACACUCUCUUGAAAGUAGAAAACCAGAAAAUAAACCACCCCAGCUACAAACAAAGCCUCCAAUACCUCCCAAGCCUUCAUCCAUUAUUUUACAACCAUCCUCAAUUACAGUUGAUGCCCUGGUACAAAAACCUGAGGUCAAGAAAAAAUGUCCUCCUAAUGGUCUUUCCCUACACCCCUGGUCUCAGAGAAAUGGUACAACCCCACACACAACACUGAGUAAGGGUGUCUCUCUUAGUCAUGAAAACCUAAGGACUGAACUAAAGGCUGAAAGCUCAACAGUCAAAGUAUCGAGUGCAUCAAACAUGCCUACCCCUUCGUCCUUACCUUCUCCAUCUGUUCAAUCCAUAAGCACUCUUCCUGAAGAUCUGAACAGAAAAGGCUCAUCUGGACGUCUGUCUGCCACAGCCUUGCGUGGGAAAAUUCAGGAUAUGCCCUGGUAUCUCACCCGUUCUCAAGAGAUCUUGGGGACAGUAGCACUCAGCAACACUAUGUCAUCAACAGACAACAAAGUGACCAAUGGAACAGAUGGGAAUCAUGAAUCCAAGGAAUUAUCCCCCAAGGCCACUUCAGUGCCAUCUUUUAAUGACUGGAAAGAGAAAGAUGCUGAAGUUGUCAUUGUGAAGCUCAAAGAUGGACCAGAGGAAGCGACCCCAAUUCCUGUGAGAGACACCAAUGGGAAACCAGCAUCAUCAUCAAGCCAUUCUGACCCGCGGCAGAUAUUGUCUACAGAAGCCACUGAGUCGCACAGGCAUUUUGGAACCUGCAAGUCCGAACAACCUCAGUCUCAGAAAGGCAACCCUAUAGAAAUUAGACCUGAGAAUACAGCCUCUCUAUCCUCUACAAGUCCUUCUCAUCGUGAUGCAUGUGGUUGCCAUACAGUCUAUGCCAACUGUUUCAGUGGCGAUACAGAGGAUAAUUGUGGCUUUGAUGAUGAUCUCACUGUAUACGAGUUCUCCCGUCGAAACCAGAUCAGUAAACCACCUCAACCCAACCCGGUUCCCUCCCAUUCUACUAUGUCUGCUCCCUCUUCAAAUGUCCUGUCCCUACUUAGAGAUUCACCUCGUCCCCUGUCCACGUCCUCAGAACUCAGUCCACUCCUGAUCCCACCCAGGACUCUUGAAUCUCUACCUCUGGACAACGGCCCCAUAGAUAAUCCACUCUGCACCCUGCAGGGCCGCCGUUAUGUUACCGGUCAAAAGGGUGCAGGGCUCAAAGAUGGCUAUGUCUCUUUGCAGCAAGACAUUAAUGAACUUCUUUUGUUGUUGAAGAAAGGACCCUCCAUUAUAUACCCUCCAAGUCACAAGGGGCAGUGUGAAAAUGGCAAUGGUGUGGAUGGGUACUCACUUUCAGAGAUGGAGCGAUGCCUGGUUCAAGCCGAGGCCCGGAGGCUGGCGUCAGGAUGUCAGAGGGCUACACGGGUAGGCUGGGCGCCUGACGAUGCUCUUUUGUCACUCUGUAACAGCUUUGGAGCACUGGUGCAGCUAGCUUCCACUUGCAUGCGAGUUCCCUGUUCGGACUGUGGAGGUUGUCAUGGUGAUAUUGAUGCAGAUGAGGCCCUGGGGAAGCUUGAGGAGAUUGUGGACCUGUAUAAGGAGUUUGUGGCUGCUGUAGAAACGGCGAGAGAGGGCGAGGGUGUCAGGCUGUUGGCCAAGAAGUGUACGGUUCUUAUUUCUACAGUCUUCUCCCUCACUCAACUGUUUAGAACACGGACGCCAGACAUAGACAAUGGAAAUGUAGCUCUGAACUUUUAAACUUUACCUUCCAGCUCGCUCUCAAAUGGAAACUGGACCAUAGAGUGGGAGCACUGACUUGUAUUUCAAAACUGGCAAUGCUUUUCGGGCAUCUAAAAACUGAUUGUGUGCUGGCACACAAGAAUAAUAUUAAGUGCCGUGAGUAUAAACACUGUUAACAAAAUAACUAGAGAGAAUUGCUAUGUGUUGGUCUGUUUGUCUUGCCAAGUCCCCCUAUAAACGUACUGGAAUUAUGCAUUCAAACAUAGCUAUUGUCUAACUGUUCUUUAAUUCCCAAUGUAUGUACAGUCUGUAGUAUGUAUGUAUUUAUUUCUUACUUACAGUAUAUGCACCGUGGUUUCUAACCUACCUGCAUUUUGUUUUGUGUUUUAAUUUUGUGUAUGCGAAUCCCUAACUCUUGCUCUAAUAACCAUGAGACCCGAGUUAAACAGUGUUAUGUUCCUUCUCUCAUUUUCACAUUUAGUUUAGUUGCUCUUUACAGAUUGAAUGGAUAAAUCUUACAGACACUUUUGUAAGGGUGCUUACACACAAGAUAAGAUUAAUUUUGAGGCUGUUAAAAGACCUGGUUCAGUUUGACGUCAAUUAGACAGCGAAAUAGAUUUCCGAAAGUACAACUGGACCUGCCUCUGAAAUUCUUAAUGUUCAAUGGCGAAGCAAUUGUUCUUGUAUCAGAAAAAGUUACAAUUUUAGGAACUUUUGGUUGCAUGACUGAGUGUCACUUUCAUAGCUUUGCUUCUCUGUUAUGUCUUUGUGCUGCACCAUCCCCACUGAAAUCUAUGGGUUGGCAGCACUGCUCAGCAUGGCACAGCGUAAAUUCUAGUGUGUAGGCGCCCUAACCCAUAACAAUGUGUACAACCAAAUAGAUGCUUGGAACGACUUGAGUAAACUAAAUAACCCAAAUACUAAUGCAGUAACUUUUCACCAGAGUAUGCAAAGGACUUGUAUAUAAUUUUGUCUGCAAUAUGUCUGUAGAAUGAGAGAUGGCAAUAGAAGUGUGGACGUUUAAAUUAUCUUUUUUUUUUUUUUUUACCUGUACGUCACUGUCAAGUUUGGCAUUUGAUGAAAGUUUUUAUAUUGGCUGACUGUUAACCACAGAGAUCGGUGUGGUCCAAAGAGGUAAUAGCACAUUUAAGGUGUGUUUACUCAACAACUUUGUCACCAUGUAACUGUAGGACCCUGUAACUUACCCCAGUGAUUGCCAAACCACACAAUUUCUCACUUGUCUUUCAUGUUUGACUAUGCAAGUGUCACAGUUUGUAUUGGAAAUUUUCCACAUAUACUUUCUUACAUUUUAUACAUAUGACCAAUUUUUUGUUGUUGAGGAUAGACGAUUUCCCUGACAAGCCUGCACCUUAUCAUUUAUCUUGGAGGACUUUUUGUUAAAUUGUAUAAUUAUGCAAAGGCAGCAUAUAUUUUAUUGUAAUUUGCCUACUGUAUUUCAGAGAAAAAUGGUUUGGUUGAAAAGGUUUUCCUUUAACUUCUGUAAAUGGUGUACAGCACCAAUUUUCUAAUACUCUGAAUGCUCUAGUCAUUAGUGUAAAUCAUAUUUGAGUAAGGCCCGGAAUAUACUCUACACGAGUCAUGUGCAUUCUGAAAUGUGUCGAUGCAAUUCCAGCGCAAGUGCACGGUGCUACAAGGGACAUUGUAGAGGGGAUUAUUAAAAACUGUCUUCUACUGUCCAUUUUCUCUAUCAGGUACACUUCUGUCAUAGUAGAGAAACAGUUUGAAGCAAAUUUUGUUGAGCAAGUUAAACCAUCCACAUGUUUAUACACUAUAUUGCCAAAAGUAUUCGCUCAUCUGCCUUUAGACGCAUAUGAACUUAAGUGACAUCCCAUUCUUAAUCCAUAGGGUUUAAUAUGAUGUCGGCCCACCCUUUGCAGCUAUAACAGCUUCAACUCUUCUGGGAAGGCUUUCCACAAGGUUUAGGAGUGUGUUUAUGGGAAUUUUUGACCAUUCUUCCAGAAGCACAUUUGUGAGGUCAGACACUGAUGUUGGACGAGAAGGCCUGGCUCGCAGUCUUCGCUCUAAUUCAUCCCAAAGGUGCUCUAUCGGGUUGAGGUCAGGACUCUGUGCAGGCCAGUCAAGUUCUUCCACACCAAACUCGCUCAUCCAUGUCUUUAUGGACCUUGCUUUGUGCACUGGUGCGCAGUCAUGUUGGAACAGGAAGGGGCCAUCCCCAAACUGUUCCCACAAAGUUGGGAGCAUGGAAUUGUCCAAAAUCUCUUGGUAUGCUGAAGCAUUCAGAGUUCCUUUCACUGGAACUAAGGGGCCAAGCCCAGCUCCUGAAAAACAACCCCACACCAUAAUCCCCCCUCCACCAAACUUCACAGUUGGCACAAUGCAGUCAGACAAGUACCGUUCUCCUGGCAACCGCCAAACCCAGACUCGUCCAUCAGAUUGCCAGAUGGAGAAGCGUGAUUCGUCACUCCAGAGAACAUGUCUCCACUGCUCUAGAGUCCAGUGGCAGCGUGCUUUACACCACUGCAUCCGACGCUUUGCAUUGCACUUGGUGAUGCAUGGCUUGGAUGUAGCUGCUCGGCCAUGGAAACCCAUUCCAUGAAGCUCUCUACGCACUGUUCUUGAGCUAAUCUGAAGGUCACGUGAACUUUGGAGGUCUGUAGCGAUUGACUCUGCAGAAAGUUGGCGACCUCUGCGCACUAUGCGCCUCAGCAUCCGCUGACCCCGCUCUGUCAUUUUACGUGGCCUACCACUUCGUGGCUGAGUUGCUGUCAUUCCCAAUCGCUUCCACUUUGUUAUAAUACCACUGACAGUUGACUGUGGAAUAUUUAGUAGCGAGGAAAUUUCAUGACUGGACUUGUUGCACAGGUGGCAUCCUAUCACAGUACCACGCUGGAAUUCACUGAGCUCCUGAGAGCGGCCCAUUCUUUCACAAAUGUUUGUAGAAGCAGUCUGCAUGCCUAGGUGCUUCAUUUUAUACACCUGUGGCCAUGGAAGUGAUUGGAACACCUGAAUUCAAUUAUUUGGAUGGGUGAGCGAAUACUUUUGGCAAUAUAGUGUAUCUGUAGCAACCUGAAUUUGAAGGUAACUCUAUCGCCCCCAUGAGUAUGAAGUUACCAUCAUGCCAACGCAAGAAUGCACAUAGUAUUUACAGUACAACAGAACUGCAUGCUUGCAAUGCAUUGGUCAAGCAUACUUGCAUAGGGCAUGCUUCUGGCCUAAGAAUGCUAUUUUAGGAUUUGGCUGUCAUACAAAAAUGUAUUUUUAUGGAUUGGGGAGAUUAUCAAAGAUCUACACUCUCAUUUGGAAUACUCAAACUCUAGUGUUUCAUGUUUUAAAUCAGAUUUAGCAAGAAUCAGUUUGAAAUAAGAUGCCCUCUGCUCCUGAUCUGAGACCAGUGUUUUGUAUUUUCUGGUAUAACAGUCAAAAGACAGAUUUUGCCCAGAACAUGUAAUUAAAUAAAUCGCCCAGAUCACAUGACCAAUUUGAGGUCAAUAGAUGAUGACAUCAUCCUGUUCGAUUCUGAGUUACUUGAAAUUAAAGAAUUACUUCCGUAUGGCAGCAAUACCACCCAUAUCCCCCCACAAACACACACUGCCAGAUUGUGUUUAUCAAGUCAGUCAGAUGGCUAGUUUAAAUCAAGAGAAAAGAAAUAAGGAUACAUUUUGUGAUAGGGACCAAGGCAGUCACAAGGAGAGAUCACACCAGGAAGCAGGAAUGGCAUUCCAAAGAUGAUUUUAUUUUGGAGGAGGUACAAAAUGUGCAAAUAAAUAAGUGUUUAAAAGCAAACAUAAAACCAAGGUUACAUUUAAAAAAAAUAAAAAAAAACGUCUAAGAACUAGACCUGUUUUAGGUACUAAAAGCCAGAACCCAUUCCCCUCUCUAAACAUUAGAGGCCAGAGUUUUGUUGCACUCGAGCAGUGCUAGCAACCUUGUCCCAUGUGCUUCAAAUGCUUGCCGUCCAUCUUGUCUUCCCCCCUCUAAUGGCGGCUGGCGUAAAUACAUGAUUUUCCCACCACAACUAAUUGCAACAUACCAUUAUCUUAAAUAAAAUUAACCCUCAACCCAUUCUUAAAUACAAUAUAAUUGAAUAAAUACAUAAGAACAAAAUGAGAAUUAAAACAUAUACAAUAGCAUGGAUAAAACAUUUGCGCAAUAAAACCCCAAUAAAUAUUGUAAAUUGUGAGUAAAACAAGAAACAAGUCCUUUAGACACAUUAAAAUCCUGUGAUGGAGACCGACUCGCAGGCUCUCCAUUACACAUUUACAUAUAAACAGCCCGGGAACUUGUGGAUGUAAUCUGUUAUUCAGUUAUUUAGUAGCACACCAGAAAGUAUUACAACAGACUCUUCGCAGGAACAAUUUUCAUAUCAAACUAUCAGAGAACAAACAUAUUUCUUUAUGAAAACAUCCUGUAAAAUGAAAGUUCAAAGAAUGAGAUCAAAUGAAGUGCCAUGGCAACUGGAGCAAAUAUGAAGCAAAAAACAUACUGCUUGUAUGGACCAUGUGUAUUAAGACAAUGUAUGCAGACAUUUGCCAUUGAAGGUGCACAGACGGCACAAUAAAAGCUUACCUGUGGCUGUAUGUGAAUACGAAGGCAAACAACUCUUAAGGAUAAAAUGAGAAGGGACAAUCAAGAAUGUGUUGCAUUCCCUCUACUGUGUUCAUGAUAAUAAAAGUUUGAUUUUGAAUGACAAA